UCUCUUCUUGAUCUCUCAAAGCUUUCACCUUUUUCCUUCUUCUCCCUCAAGUUUCCAUUGGAAAUCAUCUCUAACCGAUAAACCAAACGAAACCCAUCUUUUAUCUCUCCUAAUCUCUCAAACCCCACAAUUCUCUCUGACCUUUCACAAAAAAUCCUCUGUUUUCUUCACUCUGUUUUGACAAAAAUCCUCUGUUUUCUUCACUCUGUUUUGAUCUCAAAGCAAAAAAAACAUGAAAGAGUAUUGGACAUCAUUAGCUUCACUACUCGGAGUUUUAGCUUUCUGUCAAAGCUUAAUGCAAUCAAUAUUCCCACCGGAGCUCCGUUUCGCUUUCCUCAAAUUCUUCAACAGAAUCUUCCACCUCUUCUCUAUUUACUGCUACUUCGACAUAACAGAGAUCGACGGCGUCAACACCAACGAGCUCUACAACGCCGUUCAGCUUUACUUAAGCUCCUCCGUUUCAAUCGCCGGAAACCGUUUAAGCCUCACCCGCGCCGUUAACUCUUCCUCCAUCACUUUCGGUCUCUCCAACAACGACUCCAUCGUCGACACCUUUAACGGCGUUACAGUCCUAUGGGAACACGUCGUUACACAACGUCAAACUCAGACUUUUGCUUGGAGACCGUUACCUGAAGAGAAACGUGGAUUCACUCUACGAAUCAAGAAAAAGGACAAGACUUUGAUACUCAAUUCUUAUCUUGAUUACAUCAUGGAGAGAGCUAAUGAGAUUCGUCGGAAAAAUCAAGAUCGGUUGCUUUAUACUAACUCAAGAGGUGGGUCUCUUGAUUCAAGAGGACAUCCAUGGGAAUCUGUUCCUUUUAAGCAUCCAAGUACUUUCGAAACUUUAGCUAUGGAUCCGAUAAAGAAGCAACAGAUUAUGGAUGAUCUUAAAGAUUUUGCUCAAGGACAGUUGUUUUAUCAGAAGACUGGUCGGGCUUGGAAGAGAGGUUAUUUGUUGUACGGACCACCAGGUACUGGUAAGUCGAGUAUGAUCGCAGCGAUGGCGAAUUAUCUCGGUUACGAUAUUUAUGAUCUUGAGCUCACUGAGGUUCAUAGUAACUCGGAGUUGAGGAAGUUGUUGAUGAAAACGAGUUCUAAGUCGAUCAUUGUGAUUGAAGAUAUUGAUUGUUCGAUCAAUUUGACUAAUAGGAAGAAGAAUAGUAGUAAUGCCGCGUCGCAACGGAGUUUUUACGACGCGGAAACAAAAGCCGGGUCGGGUUCGGGUGGUUCGGGAGAAGAAGGUGGUAAUGGGAAUACUAUAACUUUGUCGGGUUUGUUGAAUUUUACAGAUGGGCUUUGGUCUUGUUGUGGAAGUGAGAGGAUCUUUGUGUUUACGACGAAUCAUAUAGAGAAGCUUGAUCCUGCAUUGCUUAGAAGUGGGAGAAUGGAUAUGCAUAUUUACAUGAGUUUUUGUAAUUUCUCAUCGUUGAAGAUUUUGUUGAAGAAUUAUUUGGGGUAUGAGGAGAAAGAUAUAAACGACGACGUUUUGAAGGAGAUGGAGAGAGUGGUGGAGAAGGCUGAGAUGACGCCUGCUGAUGUAAGUGAGGCUUUGAUUAAGAAUAGGAGGGAUAAAGAGAAGGCGAUUAGGGAGUUGUUGGAGGAUUUGAAAAGUAGAGGGGAGAGAAAUGUGAAAGAUGGGAAAUUGAGGGGUGGAAUUGGGAAUUUGACUGAAUUAGAAGUUGUUGAAGAACAAGAGAAGAGGGCUAUAGAUAGUCAAAAUGAAGAUGAGGAUCAUGAUGAAGAAGAAAUUGAGCUUGAGGAUAACAUAUGUAAGACAAGAGAAGAUUGAAAUGUGUUUUUGUUGUUGUAGUUUCUUUCAAGUUUUAUAAUGUAGAACAUAAUGGU